GGAUAAAACCGACGGAAAAUCAACCACGGAUGGUUAACGACGUAAUGAGCGAGUACGAACGGAUCAAGCGUUCGUGCUUGAAACGAGGUGAACUCUGGGAGGAUCCCGAAUUUCCGGCCACCCAGACGUCUGUAUUCUAUCACCAGACACCGCCGUUUCAGUUCCAAUGGAAACGACCGAAGGAACUAUGCAAUCGGCCAAUAUUUGUGAGCGACACACCAGCCCAGUUCGACGUGAUACCUGGCAAAAUGGGCGACAAAUGGCUGGUCUCCUGCUUGGGCGUUCUCCACCUGAGCAAAGGUCUCUUCUACCGUGUGGUGCCAGCGGACCAAGGGUUCGGGAAUACCGGUGAACCGCCGGGAUCGCCGACCGCCGAAUACGCGGGCGUCUUCCGAUUCCGUUUAUGGUGGUGCGGCGCAUGGGUCGAGGUUCUCGUCGACGACAGGCUGCCGGCGAUUCACGGGCGACUUGCUUUCGUGCAGAGCCGUCACAGUGAUCAAUUCUGGCCUGCUCUUCUGGAGAAAGCGUACGCCAAGCUGCAUGGAUCGUACGAGGCGCUCAAGUACGGCACCCUGUUAGACGGUCUGUCCGAUCUCACGGGGGGAAUCACAGAGAGCAUCGCGAUACGACAGGAUCCAACGGCCUGCGGACGGGCGCUCACGAAGCUUCUCGAUAUGACGUCCCUGAUCACCUGUACAGUAAAUAACAAUCAACAGCAGAUUCGUGCCAGUACGGAAAAACUUGCCAACGGUAUUCAAAUGGGCAUUAACUACAGACUCUACGCUAUUGAAAGGGUGGAGACGUUCAGUGGCGAAGCAGUCCAGUUAGUAAAAUUAAGAAAUCCUCUUGGUCCUGGUGGGGAGUACGUAGGCGCUUGGGCAAGAGGUGGCCUCGAAUGGGACGAAGUACCGCCGAUGGAAAGGGAACGUUUAGCGGUCAGAAACAUGGCCGAGGGGGAAUUCUGGAUAUCCUACUCGGACUUCGUGAAAACGUUCACUCACUUAGAAGUCGUACAUCUUGAUGCCGAAACGUCGAGGGAUGAACCAUCGUUGCAUAGCAAACACACUUGGCAGAUGAAACUCUACCAAGGCAGUUGGAGGAGAGGCGUUACAGCGGGAGGAUGUCGAAACAAUCAAGAGACUUUCCACAUCAAUCCGCAGUUGCACCUGAUUCUUAGCGAAAUGGAGGAAGUGAUCGUUUCGUUGAACCAACACUCCAUAAUGGAGCCAAAAGUGAUAGGCUUUACGGCGUACACGUUGCCCAAGAACAGCACGGAGUCGAUAAACAAACAGUUUUUCAAGAAAAACAAGUCACUGGUAAAUUCGCAGUACACGAACAGUCGACAAGUAAGCCACAGAUGUCAACUAGAACAAGGUGGUUAUUUAUUAGUACCGACCACCUUCGAGCCGACACACGAAACCAGUUUCACGUUGCGAGUCUACAGUAGCAAACCUUUGAAACUUAAGCUUCUGGACACACCCCCGUCCCUGAUGAAAUCUGCCAUCGUGAAGGCGCCACCUCUUGAGGGCAAAGGGUUCUCACAAUACGAAGCCGUUUUCUUGCAACUUGCUGACGAACACAGAACGGUGAACGCCUUCGAACUGCAGGAACUUCUCGAGGCUUGUUUACCGAAUGACUACAUUAAAAGUUGCGCCUGUAUGGAAGUCUGUCGACAAGUGGUCCUCACAAUGGAUAGUACAGGAAGCGGCCGAUUGAAGUUCAACGAUUUCAAGGAUCUCAUGUGCAGUUUAAAAUACUGGCAGGCUGCGUUUAAGAAUCACACGAAGGAAAAGACUGGUAUCCUCAAAGCUGAACGAUUACGUGACGCUUUGCUGGAAGUUGGAUUCCAAUUGAACACCGAUGUGCUCUCGAUUUUAAUUUUACGAUACAUGAGGAAGGACGGAACGCUCAGAUUCGGCGAUUUCGUCUCCGCGAUAUUACAUCUGAGCGAUGCAUUCGGUAUAUUCGAGAGUAAAGAUCCCUUGCAAAAUGGAACCAUAAAAUUAAGCCUAGCAGAGUGGCUGAGAUCAUCCUUGAUGUGUUAAAUCAAUUAC